UUUCUAACAUUGUAUGUUCUGUUCCUCUAGCAUUCGUCUUAGGUGCCGUGAUGACUAUUUACAGCUGCAUAUGUUCUUACAUGGGAACGGUCACCAGGGCUAUGAUCCUGGUAAAUUCUGCGGUUGCUGGCCCAUGUAUAGGUUUGCUACUUCUGGCGGUAGGAUUCCCAUUUGUACACUCCAAGGGUGCAGGAAUUUCAGCACUCCUUAUAUUCGCCAUUCAGCUGUACCUACUGUGGCAACGAAUGGACAAGCAAAUAUUGCCUCGACGUAUGCCAGUAACGCUUGAGUACUGCCCUGUGAACAACACCUACGUAUCAGAGAAGACGUUAAAUGGAACAUAUGCUUGGAACACACAUAGAUCAAUAAAUAACCACGUGCCAUCACUAAUUUCACCCUUUUGGAGCUCCUUAUUUUCUACUGCAGGGACAGUGUUCUUGGGAAUAUUAAUUAGUGUUGCCACUGGAGAGCACAAGCUACUUCCCGCAGACAUCAGGUAUCUGAACCGCCCUCUCGCGAAGAUGUGGUCGAAGCUUCGAGUUCAAGCACAGAGUGAACUAGAAGAGGUACAGCCGCAGAAUGAGCAUGAUUCAACAAAUGCCGCCCUUGUUCCCCAAGAAGAAGAAAUGAAGCGUGGCUCCACAAAUGUGUGAAUAAGUUUAAUAGAUAAUCAUAACAGGCUGUUAAGAAGUGCAUGAAGAGAGAGAUUUGGCAGAACCCAUCUCGCG